AUGGGCUUGGAAAUGGUUAACUCACCAUGUAGUUCGGGUAAAACAAAGUUCGAAAAAGAUCCAAUUAUGGAUCCCUUCAAGUUGAAAUGUCGCCAGGCAUUUAAUGGCCCACAGGACUUUGAAGUAGAUGGAUUUCUAGAGUUCAGAUAUAAUGAAAUGACGUUGAGAGGAUCAAUGACGUUUCGUUAUAACCAUAUAGUCGAUAACUUCAAACAAGAGUUGAGUAUAUCAUUCCCUUAUGUAGAAAGCUUUACGCUCGUAGAGCCAAACCUUUUGGAAGGAGUUUGUGGUGCCUUGAUUGUUGUACUAACGGAAAAAUGUGCUUCCAAAAUGCUUCCUUCGUUUGGAUCCAAGGAGUUCAUAUCUGAGAAAAUGAAACACGAGAAUGACUCCUCGAUGACGAGAUUCCUUUUUGUGCUCGAGCCUAUCACAGACUUAGAGCAUUUCUUUGAAGCGAAUUCAGCAGACGAGACGCGGAAACUUUUUCCGUUCUGUGAACUAGAGCAUCGAUUUGAUUGGGUUGUGAAAUCGAGGUCAUUAGAUACUAAGCGGGGUAUUCAUAAUACAAAUAUUAAUGUUUUCGAAAAAUGUACGGCAGAGGGGUUCGUCAAGUAUUUGGAAAGAAAUUUGUUGAAGGUUAUACCGUAUGACCAAGCCAUCGGUGCUAAUUAUGCUUAUCAGCCUCCUAUGAAAAAAGUUUCUGAUAUAUGUUUGCAUCCCAAGGAUGAGUAUUAUAAAAAGGAAAAACGAUUCAAGAAUAAUGCAGGCGAAGUGCAAAACGGUACAUACGAUGAGAACGUUUUCUACGAACUGAAUGACAAUCGUAGUGAUUAUAUACAGAACGAUUUUAAAAGAAAGGUUGCUUUUUAUAAAAAGCAUGUUGGCUUUGAAGAUCCUGCAACGAAUGAGAAUAUUUUAGACAAUAUGAAAGCGUCAGUCACGCCUACUGUCAGGACUUACGGGAACGAUUGUCAGAAACCAUCACAGCACAACUUCACUUCCUCGCAGUCAACUCCGUCAACAUCGGAAACUGCUCGUAAGAGUACUCGUAGAAAAAUAUUGACUAUCAGUCUGAGUGAUGACGAUGAAGGCGGGGACGAUAAAAGCUCGUCUUCUAACUGUUCCUUAGAACCUCCUGAAAAGAAGAUGAAGUUCACAGGGAACACUUCCCUUAUUCGAUUUCCUUCUAGUGGAAGUAACUUCGUAGAAGUUCAAUUUGAUGACGUGCGGGUCUUAGCUCAUGGAGAGAUGUUGAACGAUACCAUUGUUGAGUUCUAUAUCAGGUAUAUCGUUCAUAGACUGUUGAAGAAAACAGACAUUAGUAAGAUACACAUUUUCAAUACCUUCUUCUUUCAAAAACUCACUGAUCGUCAGCCCGCUCAUGUCUUUGGGAAGUCUGAGCGAGCAGGCUCUGUUCGCUAUGCUUGGAUCAAGAACAACUAUAAACUAGUCAAAUCUUGGACCAAGAAAGCAAAUAUUUUCGAAAAAGAUUACAUAAUAGUUCCCGUAAAUGAUGAUCUCCAUUGGUAUGUUGUGAUAAUAGCGAAACCAGCUUUAGCUGUUCUGAGUACGGAAGGUGAUACUUCUCAAUCCCGGAAAAGGGGAGCCACUUGUGCAAAUCCUAAAUCUCAUUUAAUUGUUUUGGAUUCUCUUAGAGACUCCGCGGAUAUCAAACGUCGUUGUGUUAUUGAUAUUAUUCGUGAUUACUUGGAAUGUGAACUGGAGGAUAAGAAAACCAUUCCCGGUUUCUUCAACAGAAGACUCUUAGGAGCCGUUCAUCCUAGAGGAUUACCUCGGCAACAGAAUUAUGUAGAUUGUGGGUUGUACCUUCUCGGCUUUGUUGAAGCUUUUAUGACCAAACCUAUGUCACCUCAGCAAUUGAGCGAUCCUACAGAAAACUGGUAUAGUUGGUAUCCCCACUUCAACGUCAAGAUGAAGUUUAUGCGAGAGAAAGUUUUAAGAUUUAUAUUAAAGUUAGCUGGUCCCGAGAAAGUUGAGCAACUGAAAGCAUAUGAGUUAUCACAAGGUCGUGGGGCUACAGUACCAACUAUGGAAGGAAUCGUUGAUGAAGGAAGAAGACCGAGGAGACAUACUAUGACAGGAUAUUUCGAAAGUACAAAGCAUUCAAGUUUCCAAUCUAGGUGCCCUUCUGAGCCUCCAGAUUUGAAGAACUUCCCUCCACCUGCAGGGAUGACCGUCCCAAAAAAUUAG